UUCGGCGAGGAGCAUCCCUUCCCUGGUGGCGCAGUGGUUAAGAAUCCGCCUGCCAACGGAGGGGACAGGGGUUCGAGCCCUGGUCCGGGAAGAUCCCACAUGCCGCGGUGCAAGUAAGCCCGUGCGCCACAACUAUUGAGCCUGCACUCCAGAGCCCGCGAGCCACAACUACUGAGCCAGGGUGGUGCAACUACUGAUGCCCGCGAGCCUAGAGCCCCUGCUCCGCAACAAGAGAAGCCACCUCUCGCCGCAACUAGAGAAAGCCCGGGCGCAGCAACGAAGACCCAUAGCAGGGUUUCCAGAAAGGAAGCAAAACCACAGACUUGUCAACUGGCCUGGGCUGUGGAGACCGGGGAAGUACCAGGAAGGGGUGGACGACCCCGACCCAGCUAAAUGGAAGGCCCAGCUCCGCUGUGCGCUCAACAAGAGCAGGGAAUUCAACCUGAUGUACGAUGGCACCAAGGAGGUGCCCAUGAACCCAGUGAAGAUAUAUCAAGUGUGUGACAUCCCCCAGCCCCAGGGCUCUAUCAUUAACCCAGGAUCCACUGGAUCUGCUCCUUGGGAUGAGAAAGAUAAUGAUGUGGAUGAAGAAGAUGAGGAAGAUGAGCUGGACCAGUCACAGCACCACGUUCCCAUCCAGGACACCUUCCCCUUCCUGAACAUCAAUGGCUCCGGGCCAGCCAGUUUCCGGCUUAAGCAAGGAGAAUGGUCCAGCGGUAACCAACAAGGAGAACCUGGCGACGCCGAUCUCGACUCCAUUCCUAGAGCCGACCCUGGGGAGCGACGGCUCUGCGGUCACUUUCGGGAAAACCCAAGAGGAUCCGAAACCAUUUUGCGUGGGCAGUGCCCCACCGAGUGUGGACGUCACCCCCACCUACACCAAAGAUGGAGCUGACGAGGCAGGAUCAACCGAUGGCAAAGUUCUGAACCCGAAGCCAUCUAAGCUGGCAAAGAGAAUCGCAAACUCCGCUGGUUACGUGGGUGACCGGUUCAAGUGUGUCGCUACCGGACUGUACGCAGACUCCAGUCAGCUUGGCCGGGAGCAGCGGGCA